AUGUGUAUGUUUUAUCACAGAACCCUGGAAGGGUGGAAAGUUUGAAAUUGUUACAGUUUUCAGAUGCUGCCACAGAUCUUAGCAAACCCCAGUGUACGUAUUGCACUAGAGCCAGGUGACCAGAGGUGAUGUCCUCUUACCAGCAUCUGGUUUCUUUGGAACUCAUAUCCACACAGACAGAGAGACAUCAUCUGGCAUUUGUUGUGGUGAAAUUAUACCUUUCCAUCAUGAAUGCUUACCAGGGCAGGCCAGUAUGUAUCGCAAAAAUUUGUCUGCGUACAAGAAACCAAGUUACUGAAGAUGUGUGAAUUUUUUUAAACGUUAACGGAUGAUGUGUGAAAUGCCUAUAAAAAACCCUCAUCUGGAGCUCUGUUGCUUCUUCUCUCAAUGCCUGUAAUCCCAAUACCUCGGCGUGUACGCUCUUUCCAUGGCCCUCACACUACAUGUCUGCAUUCAGCCUGUGGCCCUGUACGGACUACAAAUCUGGUACGCACUAAAUACAACAAUUUUGACCUUUAUUUGAAGUCACGAUGGAUGUAUGGAUUUAUUCGCUUUUUGCUAUACUUCAGCUGCAGCCUUUUUACCUCCAUCUUGUGGGUAGCAUUGUCCAUCUUGUUUUGUCUGCAGUAUUUUGGCAUUCGAAUCUUUCUGCGAUUUCAGUACAAACUGUCUAUCAUUUUGCUUUUACUUGGACGUAGACGUGUUGACUUUAGCCUCAUGAAUGAACUUUUCAUCUAUGGAAUCCACGUGACUAUGCUGCUAGUUGGAGGACUGGGGUGGUGUUUUAUGGUUUUGUGGAUAUGUAAAAUGUAAUGCAUGUUGAAAAUAAUGUACAUUCCUUAUUUUAUAUUUAUGUAUGAGAGCUGUGAUUUACAAAGUGCAGAUUGCUGAUAGUACAUUUUGGUGGCCAUCUAAUUAGAAAGAACUUGAAUAAUUUAUUUGUUUGUUUGCUAUGUAUAUUUGCUAUUAUUUCACCAAGAUGCCUGAUGAAUAUGUAUUUAGUUAAGGGUAAAAGAAGAUUGAGAAAUCAGCUAUAGUAAUUAUUAUCUAAGAUAUAUAUGUUUAUAUAUAUGUGUGUGUGUGUAUAUGUAUAUAUGUAUAUGUAUAUACACACACACACACACAAUUUGAAAUGUAGUUUUCCUUGUAACUGUUUAAUAAUGGAUGUACUGGGAAGAGGAGAGGCAGGCUUCUCUCUUGUUGGCUGUAUUAGAAUAAUUUAAGUUUUUAAUUCAGAUAAUAUGCAAAUAAAAGUCACUUAAUUGUUUCUACCCUUUAAUAAUUUUGCAAACUAUCCCAGAAAAAAAAAACAUAGGAUUUUGCAGACAAUUCCAGAAAAAAGCAUAGGAUAAUUUAAGUAGGAAAACAUUAGGUAGUCAGUUAUUUAUUUACCUUGUGUAGUUUUUUUCAGCUUGUAAUGCUGCUAAAAAAUCCAAAAUAAAUUUUAAACAUCUGAACAAUAUUCUACAAA